AUGACUUUGAGACUCGAUUCAACUUCCAUUAGGUCAAAAAAUCACCACCUAGGAUCUAACAUUCUUGGCCGGAAAUCGGAGAUGUGCAAAGCCGGCAGCUGCCUUGAGUGCUUGAAAGUCAGCUCACACGACCUGUCUGUUAGCAAGUUGAACUUGUUUGGAGAACAUUUCUCCCGCAGCUUUUCCUGCGGGGAUGGCAACGACGAGCCCGAACAGGCGAGGUGCAUGCACCUGACACGAAAGAGAAUGUCCCUGUCCAUCUCCAACAUCGACCUGAAGUCAUGCGCUGACUCGGAGAGCAUUUCUAAGGACACAGUAUUCUCUCCCGUUGGCAGGCCCAACAGGGAGGAGUACAAGGCGUACGAGGAACUCGUCAAGAGCUCCAGCUGCAGCGAUUCUCCUCUCUGUUCUCCAACACACAUGAGGCCAAGGAUGGACAACGUGGGCGGUUUCCUAGUCGGCACCCCGAAGCAGGUUGAUUUCUCCUCCAGGAGCUUCCGAACGGCGCCGAUCAGCGUGCAGGGGGUUCGGCAGGUUUGGAUCCGUCUUGAGCUGAACCAGAGGAAGCAGACGCUGGUGGAUUCCUGUGGCAACGGCAACCAGAACUGGUUCGAGCAUGCAGUCAAGUUUGACCUGUCGGCCGUUCUAGAAGUUCAUCCCGACCGGAUCCAGAUUGACCACGUGAUGGAGAAGGGCGACAAGACGUUGAUCGAGGUCAGGCUGAUAGAGAGCGGAACCAACUCGGACCGUCUCGACGUCGCGCAUGUCGCCGAGCAGCUGUUGUGGCAGGUGUCUCGCAACAUGUUUGUCAAGAACACGCUGGGGUACAAGUCCAUAAGGGAGAUGAUCAUGAAGGUGGACGUCAAAGACAGAGCUCCUAGAAACUGGUCCAAGUACUUGUUUGUCGGAUGCCUCCUGGUGCUCCUCUCCGCCAUGCACCUCUCCAUGGCCUUCAGCUCGAUCCCCGCCGUCGGCAUGCGAUCGAAGGCCUCUAUGCCCUCUCAGCUCCGGAGAAGCGAGUUUGUACAUUCUCCCUUGGCUAUCAGGGAUGAAAGUUUCACCCUGCAGAGCAGAGCGCGAAGACCCGUCGGAGCCCUCAAGAUGCUGGAGCCCUUCACGAUCACCACCCUGCUGCUGGUGGGUGCGGAGAAGGUCAUGACGACCAAGUCGGCCGAGAGCAAGUCGGAGAACAGGAUGGAGCUGAAGGCGGAGGCCAAGGAAGGGAUAACGAGGGGACAGGCCAAGGAGCUGCGAAGACAGGAAGGCAUGACCGCCAUGCAGGCGACUUCUGGACAGCGCCCAAAGAGAUCGCUCAAGCGAUCCCACACGCUUGCCUCGCGCACCAUCAGGUCCCUUGCUCGCUACGUAAUGAAAGACCCGGUAUGCGCGACCGACACGCUCUUCAAGUCUGCGACUAGGACGUUGGUGCAGAGACGAGUGAUGGAGGAGGAGUAUCCUGCUGAGGUUGCAGUGUUCGACGACAUCACUGAGAACUUGCUCAACACGCUGGAUCAGAAGUCUUCGCUCAUCAUGCAUGGGGGAAAGGUGUACAUGAAGAUCAGCCAUAUCGUCGAUCACGUGGUCAACCAUCUAACGGCCUCGGAGAUCCACACUCUCAACUCGCUCGCUCACGUCACCCAUUUUCCAACCGGGCUAGGACAUUUUGCGGUUGUGUCAGGAUUUGCGCUGGCCGCCUUCAUGGCAGCGUUUGUUGUAAAUGAGAACCCUCUUGACUGA